AAUGACGUUUUUAUGUUAGAAACAUCGUAAUGACGUCAAAUACUUAAACGCUUUACCCUUGUCCUCACUUUCCGUUUGGAAGCCCAAGCGCUGCCACGCUUUUGCCUCUUGGCACGAUCCUGUUCUCCUAGUCUGAAAACAUGCGUGAAGUAAUCUCAGUCCACGCUGGUCAAGCUGGGGUGCAGGUUGGCAAUGCCUGUUGGGAGUUGUACUGUCUGGAGCACGGUAUUCAGCCUGAUGGACAAAUGCCAGCUGACAAGACCAUUGGUGGAGGAGAUGACUCGUUCAACACGUUCUUUAGUGAGACGGGAGCAGGCAAGCACGUGCCAAGGGCAGUCUUCAUUGACCUCGAACCGACGGUAAUCGACGAAGUGCGAACGGGUACAUAUCGUCAGCUCUUCCAUCCUGAACAGUUGAUUACUGGUAAGGAAGAUGCUGCAAACAAUUAUGCCCGAGGCCACUACACCGUCGGGAAGGAGAUAAUAGACCUGGUACUGGAUCGUAUAAGAAAGCUGGCGGACCUGUGUACAGGUAUUCAGGGCUUCCUCGUUUUCCACAGUUAUGGGGGAGGAACUGGAUCUGGUUUCGUUUCUCUCCUCAUGGAACGCCUCUCCAUGGACUACGGAAAAAAGUCCAAACUGCAGUUCUCAGUGUAUCCUUCUCCUCAGAUAGCAACUGCUGUCGUGGAGCCGUACAACUCUGUUCUGACCACGCACACUACACUUGAACACUCCGACUGCGCCUUCAUGGUGGACAACGAGGCCGUCUACGACGUCUGCCGUCGCAGUCUGGACAUCGAGCGUCCCACCUACACCAACCUCAACCGUCUCGUCGCCCAGAUUAUCUCCUCCACCACCGCGUCCUUGCGUUUCGACGGUUGCUUGAACGUCGACUUUGUGGAGUUUCAGACCAACCUCGUACCGUACCCCCGCAUCCACUUCCCACUCGCGACAUAUUGUCCUACGAUUUCUGCGGAGAAGGCCUACCACGAGCAGUUAACUGUUUCUGAGAUCACCAACGCCUGUUUCGAGCCGGCCAACCAGAUGGUGAAGUGUGACCCUCGCCACGGCAAGUACAUGGCCUGCUGCAUGCUGUACCGCGGUGACGUCGUGCCCAAGGAUGUUAACGCCGCCAUCGCCACUAUCAAGACCAAGCGCACCAUCCAGUUCGUCGACUGGUGUCCGACGGGAUUUAAGGUGGGCAUCAAUUAUCAGCCACCCACAAUGGUUCCAGGAGGAGACCUGGCUAAGGUGCAGCGUGCUGUGUGCAUGCUGAGCAACACCACCGCCAUUGCCGAGGCCUGGGCCCGUCUGGACCACAAGUUCGACCUGAUGUACGCCAAACGGGCCUUCGUGCACUGGUACGUGGGGGAAGGCAUGGAGGAGGGCGAGUUCUCCGAGGCACGAGAAGAUCUGGCGGCCCUGGAGAAAGACUACGAAGAGGUCGGCCUCGACUCGGUAAUUGGCGAGGCAGACGAAGAAGAAGGUGAAGGAUACUAAAGAAGCCCGCUCCUUAACUGUCUUUGGAACAUACCAGUUUGACUCGAAAGAUGUCUGAGUAAAGGCAUCCAGAAGUAUACUGUCGCUGCUCUUACGGGACAAAUUUCAACAUAACUACGGACAAGAAUCUUCUGUACAGUCCCGCCUGCUGACAGUAUUUAGUAAACGUAGACUGAUGUCAAGUAUGACAACAUUUUUCAUAGACAAAGUUAACACUUGCAAGUAUCAUCUGUAAAGGCUUUGGUCUUUGCUAUACCGAGUUCCGAAUUUCGCUACAAGAAAGGACACUGUCCUUUCACAGGAAUAAAAUAGUUUGUGCUGUU